AUGGUCCACCUCGCAACCGUUGCCACGCCCCCCGACUCGGGCUCUGAGGACUCGUCCUCCGGCCACCUGGCCCAGGUCAUGAACAAGCUCAAGGACGUCCAGCUCAAGCUCGCCGACCACGAGGACUGCUACACCACCAGCGUUUACGGCUCCCGCUUCGCCAACCAGGACUUGCCCAAGCGGGAGAUGCCCGAGGACGAGAUGCCCAAGGACGUCGCCUACCGCAUGAUCAAGGACGAGCUCAGCCUCGACGGCAACCCCAUGAUGAACCUGGCCUCCUUCGUGACGACAUAUAUGGAAGAUGAAGCUGAGAAGCUCAUGUGCGAGUCCUUCCCCAAGAACUUCAUCGACUACGAGGAGUACCCCCAGUCCGCCGACAUCCAGAACCGCUGCGUCAGCAUGAUUGGCAAGCUCUUCCACGCGCCCCAGGGCGAGGGCGAGCACGGCGGCGCCGUCGGAACGUCCUCCGUCGGCUCCUCCGAGGCCAUCAUGCUCGGCGUCCUCGCCAUGAAGAAGCGCUGGAAGAACAAGCGCCAGGCCGAGGGCAAGAGCACCGAGCACCCCAACAUCGUCAUGUCCUCCGCCGUCCAGGUCUGCUGGGAAAAGGCCACCCGCUACUUUGAGAUUGAGGAGAAGCUCGUCUACUGCACCCCCGACCGCUACGUCAUUGACCCUGAGGAGACGGUCAACCUCGUCGACGAGAACACCAUCGGCAUCUGCGCCAUCCUCGGCACCACCUACACCGGCGAGUACGAGGACGUCAAGGCCGUCAACGACCUGCUCGAGAAGAGAGGUCUUGACGUCCCCAUCCACGUCGACGCCGCCAGCGGUGGCUUCGUCGCGCCCUUCGUCGUCCCGGACCUUGAGUGGGACUUCCGCCUCAAGAACGUUGUCUCCAUCAACGUCUCCGGCCACAAGUACGGCCUCGUCUACCCGGGUGUCGGCUGGAUCGUCUGGCGCGCCGCUGAGUUCCUUCCCCAGGAGCUCGUCUUCAAUAUCAACUACCUCGGCGCCGACCAGGCCUCCUUCACACUCAACUUCUCAAAGGGUGCCUCCCAAGUCAUCGGCCAGUACUACCAGCUCAUUCGCCUCGGCAAGAAGGGCUACCGCGCCAUCAUGUCCAACCUCACCCGCACCGCCGAUUACCUCUCCCAGUCCCUCGAGGUACUGGGCUUCACCAUCAUGUCCCAGCGCUCCGGCGCCGGUCUGCCGCUCGUCGCCUUCCGUCUGCCCGAGAAGGAGGACCGCAACUACGACGAGUUUGCGCUCGCGCACCAGCUGCGUGUCCGCGGCUGGGUUGUUCCGGCUUACACGAUGGCACCCAAGACCAAUGACCUCAAGAUGCUGCGCGUCGUCGUGCGCGAGGACUUUAGCAAGAGCCGCUGCGACAUGCUCAUCACGGACAUCAAGCUGUGCAUGGGCCUGCUCGAGCAGAUGGACCAGGAGAGCAUCAAGCGGCAGCAGGACUUCAUCCACAAGCACCACCUCACGAGCACCAAGUCGUCGCACAACCACCCAAAGUUCAGAAAGGAAAAGCACUCCCUGCAGGGUAAGACUGGCAAAACGCAUGCCAUCUGCUAA